AUGGAUGUAGACCGCAAAUAUGAUGACCGUCAUAAACGUAGCAGCAGAAAAAGAUCUACAAGUCGUGAACGAUCCACUAGGCGACAAAGUUUUAGUUCAGCCGAUAGCGAUGAGCAUGGCAGACGAAAGCGUAGUUCAGAACCAUUAGACCGAAACAAGAGCAAAAAGCACAAAAAGAGCUCGUCUUCAAAAAAAUCUCGUGAAACUUCCAAAGAGCGUCUUGAGAGAAAGGCAAUCAGAUCUUCUGAGAAAAAGUUGUUGAAAAAAGAAAUGGAAGACCAAAAUUUGUCCAUGAUUGCAGCAGGAAUGUCGGCAGAACUUGGAUAUACAAACUUGGAAAAUCCAUUUGGAGACAACAAUCUUCAUCAAAAGUUUGUAUGGGUCAAGAAGCGUGAAGCGGAUACAAAGAAAGGGAUUACUGCUGCUGAAAGAUCUGCUGCUGAGGAGCAGCGUCGACGCGAGGCAGUGUCAGAGCUUGAAAAGCUAAGCAAAAGACGAGCCGAGCGUGAAAUAGAGCAGCAACUUCGUGAGCAAGAACAACUGCGCAUGCAACAAGAAAGAGACGCCAUGGAAGUUGGUGAUUGGAUUUCCAAAGAAGACGAUUUUCAUCUUGAACAAGCCAAACUACGUGCUCAAAUUCGUGUCAAAGAGGGCCGUGCUAAACCCAUUGAUGUUUUGGCAAUCAAUCUUAGCAUUGGUACAGAUUCGCAGCUUGCAAAAGAAUUUGAUGCACUUGGUUUGGAAAUGGACAUGAAUGAGCCGUAUUUGAUUUUCAAAAGCCUUACCAUGAAAGAAACAGAGGAGUUGCAUCAUGAUAUCAUGUUGUAUCUUGGUUUAGAAAAGAGCUGCACAAAACAAGCAGUUUUGGGAAGCAAUGAUGCCAUGCUUGCAGAAGUUGCAGGUGUGGAUGAGACGGAUCUUAUAGCGGAGGCAUUUGUCAAGGAGGCAGCUCGAGAUAUGGAUGCUGAUGAGUCAGUAUUUAAGGAUGAGGCAGCUGUUGCCACCGCAUCAUAUCUCUGGCAAGACAAAUACCGUCCACGUAAACCACGUUAUUUCAAUCGUGUGCAUACUGGAUACGAAUGGAACAAGUAUAAUCAAACACAUUACGAUCAUGAUAAUCCACCACCAAAGGUUGUACAAGGGUACAAAUUCAAUGUUUUCUAUCCUGAUCUUAUUGACAAGACCAAAGCACCGACCUACAAGAUUGAAAAAGACGUAGGAUCGGAGGAUACGGUAGUGAUACGAUUUAUAGCAGGACCACCGUAUGAAGAUGUUGCAUUCAAGAUAGUUAAACGAGAAUGGGAGUAUAGUCACAAGAAAGGAUUUCGUAGUUCUUUUGAUCGUGGAAUAUUACAAUUAUGGUUUCAUUUCAAACGACAUUUUUACCGUAGAUAA